GUGAAAAUCAAAACAAAAAUGCAAAUGGUCGCAACGCAAGUUCGCAACUAUUUUGCUCCGCGCUUUAAAUUUUAGAAAAAUAUCCUUGAAAAGUGGCCGCCAGCCCCCGUGAAUAGAUGUGGAAGUAUGUCUCACGCCGCAUUCGUGAUGUUUGUGACCGAACCUUCAAUACCGUAUUAGACGUUCGCCGGCCGUGGCAGUGCGGAGGUGAGCGAUUAUGCCCCGAAGGAAGCAACCAUCAGUUGUGCGAUCAUCAGCAACAGGACCAACAGCCCUAUCCGCAGGAUGACAAGGUUCCACCGAAGAGCCGUUCCGCUUGUAAUCCACCUUGCGUUGUGCUGAGUCAGUUGAUCCGGAGUCAGUUGGAAUCAAAUCGAGUUAAGAAGUACCAUGAGGCCGGAUCGAACCGUUCCAAGAAGGAGGGAUUCCGUCGGAAGGUGUUCUGCCCGUUUCAACCUACCUGGCUUGGAGCAAUCACUUGGACAAGUGCCAUCAUCUGCGGCUGGUAUACAAGUCAGGUGAUCUGUCUCUACCGUCGUAGUCACAACUGGGAAGGCCCAAAAUGCCUUCCAAAUUUGAUUUCUUCUGCCCAUAAGCACCCCCGUGAGUAUAAAUUUUCACGCUUUUCGGCCUGUCGUCAAUAUUCGCGCCAGACAUCCCCACCCCCCGAACCUGUCCCAGACUCACCGCACUCCCAGCAACAAUGUGCGGUUCCUAACUUUUUCGGAAUUCCUAUUCCAACGGCCAAGGGCAGCCGAUUGUCGGAGUUAGAUUUUGCAGAUCUCGACGGGAAGGGAGGCAAUGUUAUCUUCGAAAUCAACAACGAAGAUCUGAAGCAGAAAAAACAGUACUUCGAUGAUCACGUUGCAGUAAGACUACAGCCGGUACAGAAAGCUCCCACUGUUGAAACGGCUGUGGAGAAUCUGAUAUCCGUAAUCGGUGAGAUCGAGUACCAACUUGGAGUUCAGAAUCUAGAGAUCGGGGACUACAGGACUGCUGUUUCCCAUUUGAAGCUGGGUACCUCCCAUCAACAUGCGGGUGCCGCCUUCAAUUUGGGAAUUUGCUAUGAGCAAGGAUGUGGCGUCAAAAAGAAUGCCCGUGUGGCGAUGGAGUGCUUCCAUUUGGCAUCGACCUUGGGCCAUGCUCAGGCUAUGUACAACCUGGGCGUUUACUACGCUCGGGGUCUUGGUGGGCUGCGCCGCAGCCGUUCGAUGGCGAAGAAGUGCUUCAUGGCGGCCGCCGAUUUGGGUCUGGAGGAUGCCAUUGUUGCGCUUGGGCCAAAUUACAACAAGCAGUCAUCAAGACGCAGUUCCGUGUCCGCAGGUUCAUCGUCGGGUUCACCGCAGCCGCUCACUGCUCCGUACGAAUUCAAGUUCAAUUAUGACGAUAUCCUACGUUACGGUGGCUUCGACGCGGUCAAAGUUCCCGAGAGAUCAGAUGCAAUGGAACUGCGUUUGGUGUCGGCGAUGGCCUAAUGCUUGUAAUUUUGUGCCCAUAUUAAUAUGAUUAAAUCAUAUAUAUUUUCUUUUUUUUUGGUGUUUGAGCAUUAAAUACUGAUGCAUGCAAAUAGUUACGCAAUAUAUGAGGAAUCAACAUAGAA